GAAAAUUGAGAUCUAAACAACACUUGAAGCAGCUCCUAAGAAAAAAGAAGACUGGGCUUCAAGCAGAUGGCCUUGAGCGUGGCAGACAGAGCCAUCGGGGCCAUUAUCGGGGCAGCAGUGGCAGAUGCAGCAGCCCAGCCUAUGCACUGGAUCUACAACCCGGACAGGCUGAAAGAAGUCCUCUCCGACCUGGAGCCAUGUCCAGAGUUUCGGCCUCAGUCAGCAAAUCCUUUUUAUCGCAGAACAACAGGCGAGCAGACCUGCUACGGUGACCAGGCCUACAUCCUGCUGGAGUCCCUGAGCCAGUGUGGAGAUGUUGACGUGGAAGACUUGACCAAGCGCAUCUACAAGUUCUUUGGACCAGGAACAGUGUAUGAUCUGCCCUUGAACGAUCCCUACAGAAAGAAAGGAGGCCCCAAAGUAACUCUCCCCAUUGAUGGGCCAUGGCGGAACGGAAGCCUGAAGGCUUUCUUCAGAAACGUUGAUUCUGGCAAAGAAGAAACUGGCUGUGAGGUGGACUGUCAGAUGGACGGCAUCACCAAGCUCGCUCCGGUGGUGGCCAUGUUCGCAGGGAAACCCGAGAUGCUGGAGAAGGUGGAGAAAGCCAUGCGCGUCACCCAGAACAACGACAUGUGUGUGGCUGUGACUCUGGCUGCAGCAAGAUUUCUGGAGCAUUUCAUCCUAAAUGGUCCUGACCCCAAUGCUCUGGAUAAAGUUCUUGCUCAAAUGAAUGACCCAAAGAGACAGAACCCUCAGGAUCUGGAUCGGUCCAUCAUUGCACAACUCACCCAGGUGAAAGACAACUUAAGCAAAGCAUCUCCUUUGCCAGGUGCAUUCCAGGGAGCGCUUCAUGGAGUCCUGACACUGAACCAGCUGGAUGAAGCUGUCAGGGACACCAUGCGCUGCGGGGGGUGCACCGCCAGCCGAUCCUCCUUCAUUGGAGCCUGUUUCGGGGCACAGACCGGGCUCCAUUGGAUUCCAGAAUCAUGGAGGAAGAAGACAUUACGAUACCCUCUGCUGUUGGAGUUGGCUGAAAAUGUGGUGAAAAAAAGUCAGUAGUCAUUGUUCACCCUGAAAGUUGCCCUGUUUUUACCAUGCAUGUUAAGUCCUUUAAUGCCGUACUUGUCAUAUUUGAUACAAUCCUUUCUCAAUUUCACCCUUAUAUAGUCUCUAUUUCUAUAGAGAGUAUAGUCUCUAUACGCUGUUUAAAAAAGGAUGGAAUAUAGAAUAUUUUCCUAUUUAAAUCCUAUUAAAUUUUCGUAUUUAAAUUUUGGGGAAAAAUGUGCAGGGUGUUAACUUAAAAACACCGGUUUAAAUUACAUUUGUUUCUUUAUUUUUUAAAUGAACAAACAAAGAAUUCAGGAAAGAAGUUAGUAUUUUAAGCCUUUUUUGGGGGGUCAGGCUUUGUAGGGCUAGUACCAGCAGCACUGAUAGGUGAACUUUUCAGCCAAUUUAAAAACUUUCUCAAGUUACAGAUGCAGUGCUUUGACACAGCAGUCUAUGACAGUUGCAUUCUAAAGUCUCGUGCAGAGUGAAACUUGAAUCUGUAUGUUCUGUCAAAGCCUCAUUGUGUAAAAGUGAAGGUUUGUCCAACUUGUAUACAAAUAAAAACUUCCAUG